CCAAACAUCUGAGGCAAUAGAAACCGCAAUAUUUAGCUGCACUGGUUUGGUGGUGGUGAAAAAAAAUCAAACAACACACGUCCUAACCGUCCUUGCACCUUUGCACGAAGCUUAGCGUUCGCGGUGAACAAGAAUCUCGCAGACAUUGAACCAAAAGGGGGCAAAAUGACCAAACGUGCUGCCGGCUUUCUCAUAUUUCGUCGCCUGUGCGACCGUAUCGAGUAUCUCAUGAUGCAGGCCUCGUACGGCCAACAUCACUGGUCGCCACCGAAGGGUCACGUCGAUCCGGGGGAAGACGAUUACGCGACGGCAGUCCGCGAAACGGCGGAAGAAUCAGGCUACAAGGAAGGUGAAUUGAAAAUUUAUCGCAAUCAUUCGUGCACACUGCAAUACAAAGUGAAGGGGCACGAUAAGCAGGUCGUCUACUGGUUGGCCGAGUUGCGGAAUCCAUCGCAAGAGGCGACGCUUUCGGACGAACAUCAGGACAUGCGGUGGCUAGAGUGUGAGGAUGCUGUGAAAAUCGCAGGCUACGUGGAUUUCGCCAAAAUGAUCCGAGCGUUCGACGCAAGGAUCAAGCAGCAGAGUGAACUGUAA